AUGGGUGGCAAUGCACUAAGCAAUGAUUGGGAAAUUGCUAAAAAUGGGGAUCGGACUCUACUUCUUAUUGGGCGGACAGGUGAUGGUAAAAGUGCGACAGGCAAUAGUAUUCUCGGAAGAAUGGCAUUCAGGUCAAUGCAUUGCUCUUCUGCUGUUACAAGUGCUUGCCAGCUUCAGAGUACUCAAUUAGACGAUGGACAGAUACUUAAUGUGAUUGAUACUCCUGGAUUGUUUGAUAUUUCUCGAGACCCUGAUUUUGUUAUAAAGGAACUUGUAAAAUGCAUGAAUUUGUGUAAGGAUGGCAUCCAUGCUGUACUUUUGGUUCUGUCUGUACGAACUUGGUUUUCAAGAGAAGAACAAGCUGCUAUCCAUUGUUUUCUGGAGCUCUUUGAGAGCAAAAUUAGUGAUUACAUGAUUGUGGUUUUCACUGGAGGAGACGAGCUUGAAGAAAACGAUGAGAUUUUGGUUCAAUACUUAGACCGUUGUCCUGAGCCUUUAAAGGAAGUCCUCAAACAAUGUGGAAAUAGACAAGUACUUUUCGACAAUAAGAAUCAGGAUCCAUUGAAGAAAGCUGAACAAUUGAGUAAUCUUCUUUUACUUGUGAAUUUGGUUGUGGAAAAGAAUGAUGGAAGACCAUAUACAGAAGACCUUUUCAAGGAAUUAAAGGUUGAAUCAAAGCUGAGGGUGAUGAGGCAUGUUGAAGCAGAAUUGGCAAAGGAGCGUGUUGCUCGGUUGGAAGCUGAACAAAAUGCAGAAGCAGCUCUAAUGAACUGGAAAAAUAUUAUAUGGGAUGGAUUUUGCUAUUGGCACUUAUCGGUUAGAUCAAGUUAUCAGAGUUCUGGACUUCUCGUAUUAGCUAGUUUGAAGUCUUUCAAAUUAUGGAGGUUUGCUGAAAUUUUCAGGCAGAGGCGUGCAGAUAUCAACAGUUCAAUCAAUUUAUUUGUGCCGUCAGCUGAAAAGACGAUAAGGGAAAAAAUGAAUGAGGGAGACUCCUUGUUUGUUAAUAAUAGAUGA